CUUAAAAUAGCAGUUACUAAUUAAAACAAUGCGAAUAAAGGUGGUUCUUGAAAGUAAAAUCAAUUAAAAAUACAAGCUAUCAAUGUCACUAGAAUACUAGCUUGUUAAUACCUACUUUAGUUUCGCUAGGUUAAUCCCAACUAAAUUUGUUUCCGUUUUGGCCAAUUUCGUCAAAGAAUGUCGUCACAAAGACCAGGGCCAAAUGUGAAAUUGGCAAAGAUAUUCUAUAAAUACGCGGAAAAUGUAGAAGAAAAAAGGACUAAAACUAAAAAUCAUGAGGAAAGUGAAGCAAGUCAAGAGAAGGAAUUAUGUGAUAGCAAAUCUUAUCCUCCAUAUAACUUUUCAUGGUUCGUUGAAGGAAAAAUUGCGGGAAUGGGAUGGCCACAAACCGUGGAAAAUCUAAAUUAUUUGGCCGAUGUAGGAAUAACUAAGCUUAUUACGCUAUCUCCUGAGAAACUCCCACCGAUUUUAGAAUGUGAAAAAUCAUUGAAAUGGACUGAAAUACGCAUCAAAGAAUUUGGUGCGCCAACCUUGAAGCAGAUUAUAAAGUUUAUCGAAAUCUGCAAGAAGGCGGAAAUGAUGGGAGAGGUCGUGGGAGUACAUUGCCGGCACGGGCGGGGUCGGACCGGAACGAUGCUGGCCUGCUACCUGGUGUACUUCCAGAACCUGGCGCCGGAGCGAGCUGUCCUCACCACGAGGCUGAGACGGCCAGGAUCAUGUGAGACAUACGAACAAGAAAAGAUUGUCUGCUACUACCAUGACUGCCUUCGCGGUACCAUCAGCAAACCCGAUUACCGGCUAGUUGACGAUAAACUCUACUUUGACUGUUCAAUGAAACAAAUGUUUGACGAAGACAAAGAAGAAAGUGUCGAUAAAGAGGAUGUUGAAGAAGUAACUAAGUCUUUGAAAGAACGGUUUGAAGAGGCCAUAGAGAAGACAAGACCAAAGACGAAAGCUAUGGUUAUCAACCAUAAAAUAUAUUUUUAAGAGUUGGAAAAGUUAAAAAUAACGAAGUGACUAUUGGGAAGAAAUUGUUGAAUACUUAUAUACAUAUUAUAUGACACAUGAUAUUUCUACCCGUGUGGUUUAUAUAUACAUGGCUAAUAUUCAUUAGGGAAUUCGUAGGUACUCUAUAAUAAAGUAUAUGGUGUAUCCAUACCUACUCAGAUUCUUCGUCAACUUGCAAUGUGCAGGAGAAAUAAAACCUUGUAACCUUGCCAUUUAUAUAAUAUACUAGUAAUAAAAUAUAAUAUUCAAAAUACUAAGGAGCUAUAGUGUGACUCACAAUUAUGACUUGUUAAUCAAAAUUGGUUACAUUAAUGAUUCGAACAUUAACAUCGGACGCCGUGCGGUACCGGACCUUAUUCGAUGGUAUGUCGCAUUCUCCACCGUACCAAAUCUGAAAAUAAUAAUAACUUUGUGCGAUGGACAAACGAUGUACCUUAUAACAAAUUAAAAUAUUAUCGGGAAUAACUAUUACUUUUAUAUCCAUUUUAUGUAAUUUAAAGGACUAUUCCAAUAAAAGACAUAUUAUACAUGACAAUUCUUUGUAAAAUAAAUAUUUAAUAAAUCAAA